AUACAUCUGAGUUAGACUUUUUUAUGCCUACGGAGGAAGAGGAAUGUAUUUGUUUCUGACAUAUUUAAAAAUCCAGGUGGUCAUAAUUGAUUGGUGUUUAUGGAUCUGUAACUAUUGCAACCAAAUAUUUCCAUUUUAAGCAAACAUCCAAUCAACACAAGAACGGUCACAGAAACACAAUGAUUGCAACCCUACCAAGAACCUAAAUUCAAAAGAACGGAAUUCAGGAGAAUGUCCACUUGCGCAAAGUACCAAGAUCUACAAGUGUGUUCAGCCUUGUUGGAUGUCCCAGUAAAUGGCUUAGAGCUGUCAUUUGUACAAAGGCCAACAUCAGUAAAUAUUAAUUGCAUGCAUGUGGGCCAUUUUAAAAGCAGAAUAAAUUUGUUUGCACAAAAAAUGCGUUGUAUUCAAACUUAGAAUAUCAUUGCUAUAACUGCAUUUGUGUUUGGUGUAUAGAUUUAUUUAUGUUAAUUUUUAGGUAGGGCUGCAGCUGACUGCACUUCCCUGCACAAAAACACUACUUGCUGACGUGAUGUGUGUCACUGGUGCAGAGGCAUCACUUGUGCGAACAACCACGCAAUUUUUCCCUAAGGAGUGGAAAUAUGGAGAAAGAGAAAUAGAGAAAUAGAGAGAGAGAGAGAGAGAGAGAGAGGGGAGGAUGAGGAGCAUAAGGAGAGAAGGGGCUCUGGAUGACUCAUCCUUGUCGAAGCUUGCACAGCUCAGUCUCCCCUUCAAAUGGCUUGCAGUCAGGGAGGGGGAUGCAGCAACAUCAAAGAGAAACACAUCAUUUCUUGACAUUAGUCAUUGCACGUCUGCAUUUAUAGGUUUCUCUCUCCUUGGUCUUCUGCUGGAAGCUGUAUUUUCUCCUCCUCCUCUUCAUUUUUUUUAUGAAUGGAUAAUAGGAGGAGCUAUACACUUGAAUCACGAAUUCUAUCACGUGCUAGAACAUUGUCCUUCGCUCAGAUGCGGAAAAAACCUCCAUGUCACGCCUGAGAAACCCCCGCCUCGCCUUUUUACCCCACGCAUCCCACUCCUCACUCGCACUCCUCUCACUCUUACCAGUUCUUCUAUUGCUCCAGCCGGUCUCAUCCGGCCUGCCCAUGAGGCUUGCUGACGCUAGCAGACCCCCACCCAUCCACCCUUUCUUUUUCUUUUUUAUCUCUCUCACUCUUUCCCACCACUGCAUGAAUAACCUAGGCAAGAGUAGGAGCUGGUGCUGCAGCAUUCAUCUGCUCGGAGCACAUUCACACACCCCCUCUUGAACACACAUGUGAGCAGCAGCAAAGGCAGGGCUGAGAGCUGUGUGUGUGUGUGUGUGUGUGUGAGAGAGAGAGAGAGAGAGAGAGAGAGAGAGAGAGAGAGAGAGAGAGGAAGCAAGACGGCGAGGCAUCCCAGCUCUCCAUCUCUAUAGCGGAUUGCUCCGUCUCCUCUUCCUCCAUCCCAGCCUUUCUGCCUAGACCUCGUUGGCAUGUUUUGCUUCUGCCUGCAGGGCUCUCUGUUGAAGCUCCAGGCUCUGGAAGAGGAUGCCAGCUCGCCACCGGAUUCUUCUCCCGACGAAAGCCCGACCGGCAUGGGUGGCAGGGACGAGACGCAACCCCCAUCGCGCAGCAGUCUACGAGAUGAGAGCAGCUUACAAGACCGUAGACAGUCUGAAGGCGACUGCAGCAGUGAACUCCAGCAGAACCCUGGCCCCAGUCGGCUCAUCUCUUACAUUACAGAUGGGAACAGUCCUUUACCCUCACCACGCUGUGCCAGCCUCAGCCUCAGUCAACGCUUCAACACUGAUCCUGAGAGUGCACCCUCACCUCCCUGUACACAGCAUCUCAUCCUGCCUCGUGGGAUGGUCCGACCCGAGACAUCUGAUGAUGCUAAAGAUGCACCAUCUAUUCCAUUACUCACUAAACACAUCCAGACGCUCAAAAGGAGAAUACGCAAGUUUGAAGAACGCUUCGAACAGGAGAUGCACUACACGCCCUCUUAUAAUGACAAGUCUGCUAAUCCAGAGAUAUUCAGGCUCAUGAGUGAACUGUCCAAGUCUCGCAAGCAGCUCAGAGAGCUGAAGUUGAGGCAGUCAGUGGAGGAAUCACGAGGCCAGGAGAAUGACCAGCCCACAGGAACCUGUAGAUACUCAAGUGGCCAGCAAGAGGCGCUCGAGCAGCAUCAGCAGCAGCAUAAGCCCUCUCUGGAGGAGACCAUGGACAUACUUCUGAAGCGACUGAGGGACAAACGCCAGGCCCUUGGGCUCCCAGACAACAUGAAGGACAUGACCCAGAGGCAAAUGGCACUGGAGAAACUCACGCUGCAGAAAUGCCUGCUGUAUUUUGAGAGUUUACAUGGACGCCCUGACACUAAGCAGGAAAGAAACCUGGUGAAGCCUCUCUAUGACAGAUACCAGAUGGUCAAGCACCUGCUGUGUGCCAUUCCGACUAUAACCACCAUCGAGGAAGAGGAAGGGUCUGAUGAAGAGUAUGUACAGCAAAGCCAGCCCCCACGGCAAGCGACCCCAGAGUCAAUGGAGGAAGAUGAGGAAGGGGACAGUGACACAGCGUUUGUCUCCCCUCUGGACGAGGUGAAAGCGGUUCGACAGCCUGCACUCAACAUGUCCAACCUCCAUGCUGCUUCCAGAUCUGAGCUGCUGCAGUGUCUGCGUGAGACUCGUGCCGAGAAAAAGAGAAGACGAAAAGCCAUCAGGGAGUUCGAGGAGCAGUUCUUCAGACAGAUGGGCAGGACUGCACAAAAGGAUGACCGGAUUCCCAUGACAGAAGAAUACCAAGAGUACAAAAGCCUGAAAGCCAAACUGCGUUUGCUGGAGGUUCUGCUUAGCAAACAGGAAACCACAUAGACUAUUUACAUAGACUAUAUCC